AUUUAAUGGCUAGUGAUUUUCAAAGCCUGACUUCUGAACUCUCUGUGGUAGGCUUCAUAGUUGGCUAUCCAUUUGACAGACGACGACUCGCUCCUAAUGCUUCACAAGUGAAGCUGCUCAUUGAUGACCUCUCAAAAACGGGAAAACUUGAUGGGUUAAAGUAUACGUUCUGGGAUGAGUGCAUUACAUCGAAGAAUGUGGAAUUGCUGCUAAAGCCUUUGAGUUUGCAUCCAGUACUAUCGAAAACUAUAGUUGAUAAGUUUGCUGCUGUUCAGAUUCUUUUGGCAUACCUGGAUUACACGAACAAGAAUGAAAGACUAAAGCAGAUAGGUGAGAUAUAA